AUGGGCCAGUUCCAUGCGGUGCUUGGGAUUUUCCUGGCUCUCAUUGAGGUGAUUGCAGAGCCAAAGAUAUCGGUUGUGACAGCCUUGCUACCACCAAGGGGUCCAGGCCAAAUCAAUGCUGGGGCAGGUGCACGCUUGCGUGUAGAGGCUUCGGGCGGCUGCUUUCGAUGGGUUGUGUCUCAAAGGCCUGACCUUGUGGUGGUAGAGGAGCCAUUACAGGAGGAGUUGCCCCCACGGCGCGCAGCCGAGAAGGCUGCGGAGGCGGCCUGCCAGGAGGCCUGUCUGCACGCUGGUCGGCAAUUUCUACCUGAUGAGACUCAAGCAGACGACGGUUGUCAACCAGUUGCAAUCAUUCGAUCCAUUGCGGAAAAGAUCCAUUCGAAUGUUGAGAAGGUUCUUGUUCUCGCACAAGACAUUCAACAACCCGGGGUCGAACUCCGAUGUGAAGUCUAUAUCGCCAAUAUAGAUCGAAUAGAGGUCGAGACAUCUGUCCGCAGAAUCAAUGUGGAUGAUGUCGAGACGCUAGGGGUGAAGGCCUAUGAUAAGCAGGGCAACGUUUUCUCCUCUUUAGAGGGUUUAGAGUUCCGGUGGCGCCUUGGAGAUGCCUCCAUUCUGCAGAGUCCAAAACUCGUCGACUCGGCUUUCAAGCUGAGCCCAGUGCGACGUGCGCUGGCGGAGGCUGGAGCACAGCCCGACACGGUGCUAUUGCAGGGUGUGGCAACGGGAAGGACGACGGUGCGCGCCAAUCUGACGAUCGGCACACCAGUCAUCGUAUCUCCAGAAGUCCAUCUCACAGUACUGGAGAACAUAGUGGUGAUGCCAUCAUUGCUGUAUGCUCCUCCAAUGGCGCAUCUUCAGCUGCAGCUGAAGAUCCUUCGUGGCCCACGACGGCCCCUGGAGGAGUUGCCUCCCGUUCAACUGCCAGUUCCACAUUUUCAUUGGCAUGCCCAAACCGAAGGUGAGGGCGUGCUCUUCGUUGAGCCUGAGAUGGGCCGAGUAGUGACGCAGCGCCUGGGCUCCGGCCGUGUGUUGGCAGUAGACUCUCGUGGCUCGGCAGAUGCCGAAGGAAUUGAGAACAACACAGCCGCCACCGUCAUUUACGUAACAAAUCCAGUGACUCUUCGUUUCUGGACACAACCUUUGUGGCGUGCCCCCGGCAUUUCCAUCAUGAAACAGAUUCCUGGCUGGAAAGGCAGCUUGGAAAGUGGCUGGGAGGAUGAAGAGCUGCAGUUGCUUCGGACAGCCACCACUGGCGUCUCUUCAGAUGAGCCUGUGCUUCAGCUCGUCCAGGGAAGGACGUAUGCAUUGAAGCUGCAACUUGAGGACAAGAAUUCGCAGCUCAUGCAAAUUCCCUUGAAUCUGCGCGCGAAGGCAUACUGCCAGGCCUCCAAUGCUUCAGCACCGCCUCUUCAACUUCUCCAUCAGGCUCCCAAUUCUGCUGUGCUGAUCUUCAAGGCUGUUGAGCUGGGAGAGGGUCAGAUCACCAUUGAGAAUCUGACCCUGGAAGCUGACAAGGAUGACAAGGCUCGGAACUUGAACACCAAGACCCUGAAGCUGUUCGCGAAGCAGGCCUUCUACGUAGCUCCACAACUGGAACCCGUUGUGCCAGUUGGUGGGCCAAUGUUGCUACCAAGGUGGCACUCCUAUUUGCUCCAGGUUAGAGGAACCGGUCGGCAGGUUUUUGCCAUGCGCUCGCAGCCUGCCGGAGCAAUCACUGUGUCACAAGAUGGGAGAGUUCAGGCGGGUGGCCAGCUCGCCAAUGGAGAGCUGACGGUUCAGGAUGUGAGGAACCCUCACAACAACUUCACCUUGAGGGUCUUGGUGAGAAGAGCAGGGCGGCUGGUUUUACAGCCUCGAUACCUUCAAAUCCGCCUGCCCAGAGACAAGGUCACGGAACAGGAUGAGGAGCCUGUGCUAGUGCGGGCCCGACCAGAGGAUGGCAGUGAAGAUGCUGAUGUGUGCGAGGCCAUGUGCCGCAUGCUUCGAAAUCUCACCUUUUGGAACUGCACGGCUCUUUUCUCUUCAGAGCGCAUAAGCGCAGAAGUGUCCAAUCGGACUGUGGCCUCGGUUGGAACAGCAUCUUCUGGUCUCUUCGCCACUUGCAACAUCAUCCAAGUCAGGCCUUUGGCGCCUGGACGUUUCCAGCUCACAGCAAGAGCGCAGGAGGCAGACGCAUCGGAGCCGCUUCCAUCAACACCACUUCCUUUCGAGGUGUACAAACCGCUCGAGUGGCAGCUUUUGGGCGUCAAGGAUCAUGACGAGGUAGCUGCAGCACAAGCGGAUCAGGCUGCUGCCUUGGUGCUGGCGCCCUGUUCCUCCAUUCGCCUUCGAUUGGCGGAGGGCCCCAGACAGAUGACUGUGCCAGGCCGUGACUCCUGGAACUUGACCGUGGGCCCUCACAUCAGCGUGUCGCGCAUUGGAUCCAGGAGUUUUCAGGUGACCUGCAUGCAAGUCACUCCAGGACCCGUGCGACUCAAAGGACAAGUCACGCAUGCUCCAUCUGACCCUUUACAUGGAGAGGUUUUUGUGGACAACCUGACCCUUUGGAUGAGAUGCUCAGUCCCCGCCAGAGUGCAGGCAGUGGCAGAAGUGGAUGACUUGGAGGAUGAAGCUGUGGUGGACAAGGAACCAAGACUUGCCUUGGGAGUGCAGCGUGGACAGGCAACGCCUUUUCGUGCCCGCUUUGUCGAUGCCUUUGGCAGGACCAUGAUCAAUGCAUCAGAAUACAUGCUGCGAUGGUCGUUGUCUCCAAGCUCCAAAGAAGGUGUUCCUUUUCAGAAGGCUUGGCUCGCCAUCAAAAAGGAGACCUCCGCUGCCUCCAUCAACGUUCCUAAGGAUGCAACAGUUGGUGCCACUGCCAAGCUCGGCUUAGAGGUUUUGUUGCCACCGGCAAGUCUUUGCCAAAACAGUUCCAUGGCCACAUUGGCUGCCCUUCCACUGCCCAGCAGUGAUGAACUACCAGUGGUGGUGGCCAGGAAAUUGGAACUACGAUGGCCAGGACAUCCUCAAAAAGCGCGCUUUGCGAUGUUCAAGAAUUUGUCUAUCGUUGUGGAAGCUGGCUUUGGCACUGGGCGGGCACGCCUUGAGAUCCUUUCGGGCCACGACAUAUUGAAGGUCUUGGAACCUUCACAGAUUUGUGGUGGACACGAGCUGUCAACAGCACCUUGUGUGCCAGCUCUGUGGAUUGGGUCCCCAUGCAAUGCGUCGAGAGCAGACGAUGUUCAACGUUGGUUUCUGCUUCCCUUUGGUCAAGGCACGGCUUCGCUGGCGUUUUGGGACCCAGACCUUGUGGGAGCCCGACCUCAACCACUGGAAGUGACCAUCCGUGCAGCCAAACAGCUGGAUGUGAGCUUGCUGGGAGAGGACACAUCCCACGACGGCCGCACAGUGCUUGUGGUGCGCGGCACAGAUCGGCCCUUGCGCGUUGAUGUACGAGAUGCCGAUGGACAGGCACUUGGCAUGGUGAAUUGGCUGCCUUUGGGACUUAAGGUGCACAGCAGUGACCCAGGAGCUUUAGAGGUGAAGAAUUCAAGCAGAUGCGGAGAAUACGAGUGCCUUUGUCAUACCCCUGGGACCUACAGGCUCUUUGCAGACAUGCAGGACUAUCCAAAUGGUACUAUCCAUUCACGCGUCCUACAUGUUGAAUGCUUGCCAGAGUUUGAUGUGGUGCUCAAAGAUAUCGUGGUGAUGCCCGGGCAAGCCUUUGAGCUGGCCUUCACUGGGGGCCCUACCAAGAAUGAACGCACCUACUUCGACUAUGUAUCCAGUGCUCCAGAUGUUGUAAGCAUUGACAACGAGGUGGGUUUGGUUCUCGCUCUGAAACCUGGUGAAGCCGACCUGUCGGUGCGGCUUCUGGAGCGACCCUCUGGACGUGAGAUUGCACGGAAAGGAGCCCAUGUUACAGUCAGGGUGCCGACAGCUGCAUCCAUUGGGGCGGUAGAGUCCUUGACAGGAGCUUCCAAGGAAGAGACCUCACCAGCCUUGCUGAGAGAGUUGGAGGAUCCCCUGCGGCUCAGAGCCCGGAUUUGGUCUGGUGACUUGGAAUUGACGCCAUUGCUUCUGGCCUUGGCUGCCAGCAAGGCCACGCUUUUGCAGGAAGAAGACGACUUGAGCUUCAAAGUUUCCAAACAUAGCACAGCAUUGGAUAUCAUUGGAUCAUACGAGGUGAGCCCCUUGACCAGCAACUUGAAGGGCAAGAACCUGCUGACAACGGCAUUGGACAUGGGUGAGACCAUAGUUGAGGCCACAGAGGCUGCCAGCCAAACUGCGCUGCAGCUGGCCACCUCAAGCGGUUUAUCUGGAAGUGAUGCAGCGAAUGCAGCAGCUGCCCAUGGAGCCCUUGCAGUGGAGCUUCGAGCCAAUGCUAGCAGCCCCGAGCAGCUGGAGAUUUCCCUCGUGGCAGAAUGCCCCUUGGGCCGUGGAUACGAGAGCCUGCAGCUGGAGGCGAAAACCGUUCUGCCUGUGCUGCCGAUGCUGAAGCUGUUGGUUCCAACAGGUCCAUGUUCGGCAUAUCCUCGCAUCCUUGUUCCCUUGCAUGGACGAGUCCCUCUUAGCUUUAGUAUGCCUCGAUCGCAACUCAAGGUAGAGAUUUUGGGUGGAGCAGCGGUGCAGCUGAUAGAGACAGCAGAAAUGGUGGAAGUUGAAGCUGGACUGACCGAAGGAGAGGCCUCAUUGAAAGUGGAGGUGCUGGCUUCUCUUUACAGUCCUCCAAUGGAAAUCUCAGUGUCCAGCCGCAAGGUUUUUGCAGCACGCAUGGAUUCUGUUCCAUCCAGGCUACCGUUGAGUGCAAGCGCUGUGUGCCCUUUGUUCCUGGUAGAUGCGACUGGUCAGAUCUUGACGCUGCCCAGCAAUUUCCAGGUUGAGGCAAGCUCCAGUUUAACAUCCGUGGUGACAGCAGAGGCUGAGACAUUUGCUGGUGGCGCUGCAUUGCACUUGCGUGCAGUUGGCGAGGGCUGCACCCUGCUGAGCUUUGUUGUUCGACUGCCGGAUUCAAGGCAGCUGCCCUCAGACAUUGCAGAGGUCUGUGUGGUUCAAGGUGCUUUGGUCGGUCAUGGGCCACUCUUGGUUCAGCCAGGAGCGCGGCUGAACCUGGACGCAGAAGAAUUUGCAUCCACCCGAGGCUUCAGUUCUGGAAGACCACCCAUCGCCUUUUCACUGCGCUUGCUGGAGCUGCCCAGCAGUUGCAGGACUUUGGAGGAAGCUGCAUCCUCAUUGGCCAAGGAUCUCUCAGAAACACUGGCUGAAGGUUUGGCCAAACGUGGAGGGCGAAGCAGAGCCUUGCCAAUUGAGGUCACAGCAACUGCGGCUAGAUAUGCCAUUCGGCAGGCAGAGAAUGUGUUUGUGGAGGUGGAAGUUGACCUGCAGGUCUCAGCCAGUGACCUUGGCGAGGCUGCUGGAGAAAGUGGAGAACUGGGCCUAUUCGAUUUGGCGGAGGUGUUGUGGCAGGAGAAUGUUUCAAGAAGUGAAACGCUCCAACUGUUGGACCGUUCUUGGGGAGUUCAUGGCGCUGCAAAGGCCAGCAGUCUUUCAGACCAACGCUGCGAGGGCUGUUGCGUCCCUUCCUCUAGAUGUCGCUCUUGCUGCCACCAGGCUCCCAGAGUUUGUGGCAAGUCCGGAUCUAUUGCAGGAUGGUCCUCGACACAUCCCCGCUCUGUGGCGGUGGAAGCUGUUGGUGCUUCACCGCAUGCCAUCGCGCAAGCACCAGGUGUCGCCACCCUGCACUACUGCGAUGGCAUUGUCUCAGCUGAUAUUCAGGUGAUUGUGUCUCGUCCUGGUGAGCUACUUCCAGAGCCACCACAGGGCGGUCCAACAGAGGCACUUCGAGCCCGAAAUCUGCUGUCCAACCAGGUCAGUUCGCAGCUGGCAGUCAGCUUUCGAUCAUUCAGAGAGGGUGGUACCCAGACAGAGGACGAGCUUCGGUCUGGCCCCUUCGUUGCGCAGAACAUUCGGCUGGUGUGCGAGCCCAUGGAGGUGGCAAUGGGAGAUUUCUUCAGCUUCGAGGCCGUGGGAGAGACCUGCAUCCUGAAGCCAAGAGACCCAAGAGACCCACGAGCGAACAUGUCGGCGCAGCCGUCGGCGCAGUCAGCUCCGCUUCAAAUUGGUUUGGCUGCAUCUUUGCAGGGUAGCACGAGUAGAGGUCAUCCAGUGGAGUGGCAAUUCAUUCCGCAGUUCGUUGUGGUAAAGGCCAAUGAGGCACUGGCACCUUCACAGGUGUGUGCCACAUUGACCACAUCAAGCCCAAGUGCAGAGGUUCCCGUGUGGACAGGAGGUCAUCAUAUUGAGGCAGACCUGGAUGGUCAGAUCAAAAGCAGAAGAAGGGGCAAUUUGACGUUGGAGGUUCAGCCGUCGCAUUUACCGGUGACUUCCCUUCGAAUCCAAUGGAACGAUCCAGUUGAUUGGGGAAGCCCAGAAGAGGUGAACUUGCGACUCUCAAGUCCAGCAACCGGACAGGUGGAGGUCUAUCGCCUUCGAAUCGAGCCAAGUAGCCAGGUGCCAUGCGCUCCAGAAGCAGGCGGCUGGUCUCUUCUGGAGAUUCUCGCACUGGCAGCUGCGAUGGCAGUGCUACUUUGGCUUGUGCUGAGGUUAUGCACAAGGACAGCUGCUCCCCAAGAUCAAUUGGGUGCUGCUUUCCAGGGUGUUGGAGCUGGACCUAUUUUAAGUGGAGAUCCAUUUGCUGGACCGCACGCUGUUUCGCCCUUCAAUGCGCUCGGCUGAACAUCCGGCAUCAUCUCCAC